AUGCAUAAUUUAUCAAUCGGUGCACUAAUGCGUUAUGCAAGCAGAAAUCCAAGUGAAAAACCGAUUCUUCAAGUUUUGACAAUCAAACCAAUGGAAAGUACAACUGGUGAUCAAUUACGUUAUCGUAUGCAGUUAUCCGAUGGUAAACAUUUUUUAAGAUCGUGUAUAUUGGGAACACAAUUAAAUUACCUUGUUGCUGAUAAUUCACUUCAAGACAAUUCAAUUGUUCGAAUCGAACGCGCUUUUUGUACAGAUAUUAAUCGUCAAAUUGGAAAGCUUGUUCUUCAAGUUCAAGAUCUGACAGUUGUAGCACAAUCAGUCAAAAUUGGUAAUCCCAUCUCGUUACAGAUCAAUGUUGAUCAACGUAAUUCAACAGAAGUUUUACAAGCUCAUUUAGUCAGUGAAGUAUCUGCAUCAAGUACUGGAAAUCGUCACAUUAUAAAUGCACCGAAUAAAGAAGUGACUGCAUUUGGACAAAAACCUAAUCGAAUAUUUACCAUUGAUAUUUUGAAUCCAUAUCAAAAUAAAUGGACGAUUCGUGCUCGAGUAGCGAAUAAAACAAAUGUACGAACGUUUCAAAAUACACGUGGUAAUGGAAAAUUAUUUAGUUGUGAUUUAAUGGAUGAAACGGGUGAAAUACGUGCAACAGCUUUUGGAGAUGAAUGUGAUAAAUUAUACGCUGUUUUAGAAAUUGAUGAAGUCUAUUAUAUUUCAAAAGCAAUACUAAAAUCAGCAAACAAACAGUAUAAUCAUUUGGAUAAUGAUUAUGAAAUGACAUUUAACCAUGACACAGAAAUACAACGAUGUAGUGAGCCAACAAAUAUUCCCACAAUUCAAUAUCAUUUCACUCCGAUUAAUGAAAUUGAACAAAAACAAGCAAAUUCAUUAAUCGAUGUUAUUGGUAUCGUAAAAAGUGUUAGUAAUACUCAACAGAUAGUAUCAAAGCAAUCAAAUAAAGAAUUUACAAAACGUGAAAUAGUACUAUGCGAUCAAACAGCAAGUAUUAAUAUAACAUUAUGGAACGAACAAGCUGAAGCAUUUGAUGGUUCAACACAACCAGUUGUUGCAUUCAAAAGGAUUAAAUUAACAAAUUAUAAUGGACGAUCAUUAUCAGUAGUGAAUAGUACAAAUAUAAAAAUAAAUAUUGAUUUAAGAGAAGCUCAUAUAUUACGUACAUGGUUUGAUAAUGACGGUUAUAAUGUUGAACUACCAUCAUUGUCAAUAUUGAGAAAUGCUGAAACAAAUCCAAUAACAACAGAUAAUGAAUUUAAAACAUUAGGACAAAUUGUUGAUGAAAAUCUUGGUAUAAAUAAUCGAGUCGAUUAUAUUCAAGUUAAAGCUGUUUGCAAUCAUAUUAAAAAAGAUUUAACGGUUUAUACGGCAUGUCCAAAUGUCGAUUGUAACAAAAAAGUAAUCGAAAAUGGUGAUGGUACAUUUCAUUGCGAAAAAUGUAAUAAAGAUUAUAAUGACUAUCGUUAUGUAUAUAUGGCACAAUGUGAAAUUUCUGAUGUUACUGGUUCACAAUGGAUUAGUGUUUUCGGUACCCAAGCCGAAACACUAUUGGGAGUUUCUGCUGAACAAUUUGGUAACGCAAAAUAUGGCGAUGAUGAAGGUCUUAUUAAAAUCAUUAUAAAAGCACAGUAUAAAGAGAAAAUAUUUCGUCUUCGUGCAAAAGUUGAAACAUACAAUAAUGAAAAUCGUCUUCGUCUAACAUGUCUUCGUGUUCAAGAUGUAAAUUAUGUUAAAAAUGCUCAACAAAUUAUUAAAGAUAUUAGUCGAUUAUUUACCACAUAA